GCAUUCUGGAUAGACUGGUGGCGAACCCUCGAUAAAGGAGUACUGGGGGAGAAAAGGAAGGCCUCGACACGAGCCUUGUAUAUGCGACGGAACGCGACCACAUCGCACUCAUCGCGGACGACGGUGCGCCGGUUUGAUAAUGAUAAUUGCGGAGUUGAUGCUCGGGUUGAAAGCGCUAGGAACCGGCUACCUUUGUAGCCUGUUGCUAUAUACUCGGACUUGCGCUCGUCGGCCGAUGGCGUGUAGCCACACACGCAUGCAGCUUCUCGUGACAGCGAGCGAGGUGUUCUCGCUGCCUGUUCUAGCCUCACUGUUAGGGGGAGUAGACUCAGAAUCUAAUCGGGCAAAGGGUUAUACGCUACAAGCGAUACAGAAUGAAGGUGAAACACACGGCCGCAUGCUGGUGGCGAGCUCAUCGUCAAGCACGACGAGCUCGCGAGUGGAGAGUGCACGUGAUAUGAUCAACUCGUGGCGCGGACCACGCCGUCGAGUCCCGUUCCCAUUCGCACAGCAUUGUGCUAGGUGAGUCAAGGGCGACCUCCUACCGAGUAUCAGCGCGGACGAGACUGCAUGGAAGUCACGGCUUCUGAAGAGAUCGGCGUAACGCCUUCCGACGACAUGCUAGCGUUCAAAAGGGUCCUGAGGUCCUCGAAACACAUCAUGGCAGUCGCUGGAGCGGGGCUAU